UCAAAAUGUUAAAUGCUGUGUGAUGGAGAAGGACAGCAGACUUCGACCUCUGGCCUCCACACAUAGAAACACACACAUAUACCCACACACACAUGAACAUGUUUACAUACAUACAUACACACACACACACACACACAGACAAAAUCUUAACUGAUAAAUGCGGAGAAUAAAAGAGUCUUAAAACUCACUUUGGCACCUCCAAAAUUAAGUAAAAAUAAUACUUACAGAAGUAGAUUGCAAUGGAUGCCAGAACCAUUGUGGGAAAUUUGAAGGACAACAAAAGAACAAUUAUAUAAACUCAAACAAUUUGCCCGCAUGAUACUUAUCUAUAAAAGGGGAAAUACGGCAUUUACAGGGAGAAACAAAAACAUUAUAUGCCACCCUAAGCAAACAGAUGAAAACUAACAUAACUGAUAAUGAAACAAAGAGGUGCGCCCCUUGGUAGGAUGUAUACACCAUGUACCUGAAAUGUAUGUGUAAAUCUAAACAUAAUACAACCUGAAAUGAUAUAUAAUGUGUAAAAUAAUCUGCAUGUAUACAAAAUGUCAAGGUAAUGAUCCAUAAAAUAGCUGAAGAAUUAUUUUAUAGUAUAAUAAAGAGACAUAACAAGGGUAAUAUGUGACACAGGUCGGAUGCCAAGCUAGAAUUUACUUUUCUCUUUUGCAAUAGAUGAUAUUAUUGAGGAAAAAUAAUGAAAUUUUAUAAGAUUUAUUGAAUAGAUCAGGGGAUGAAAACAUUUUCGCUAGAUCGGUUAGCAAAUCUUUCCAGCAGACCAAAAAGUGUUUGUCAAAGCCAUUUAAUUCUGAUAUUAUAAGAAAAGGCCAUCACAGACAACCUGUAAACAAAUGCACCUGGCUGUGUACUAAUAAAACUUUAUUUACAAACAGGGAAGAAGCAGUCAUAGACAAACAGUCAUAAGCACAGCAUAGUUAUGCCUCAAUAAAUCUCUAUUUACAAACACAGAUGGUAAGCCACGUAUGUUUGCCAAUUGCUGGACUAAAUACUACUAUUAAAUGAAUGUUAAUUACCAAAUUUGUUAACUGGAUUAAGAUUUUUUUUUUUUUUAGAAAACAUGUACAAGAGCAUUUGGGGACAAAAGAUGUUUGUUCUAUUUGCAACUUCCAAAGAUUUCAGAGGAAGAGAAGACAAAUAAAUGCUCAUAAAAUUCUAAUAUCCCUGAAGGAUAUUGCUGUUUUAUUUGUCUUUAAGUCUGACAAAAUUACCCCCCAAAAAAAAGAUUUUACAAGUGAAAGGAAACAAAUAUCCAUGAUUUGCGGUAAUUGUUUGGGACAUACUCACUAUUCGCGUUAGUACCAGACAUGCAGGAAGUUCUCAGGGACAGUUUCAUUAGCAAAGCCGUUCGUCUGGCAAUUCGUUUAUUAGGUGUUUACUGAAGGUUAUGUCCCCCAGGAAAAAAAAAUCACAUUCUACAAGGCUGAAAAAAUGAAUUGUGGAAGAAAACCCAUUUACCUUGACCACAAGGAGGAGUAUAGGAGAAGUGGGCUGAAGUAACAAGACAAAAAUAAAAAUUUCUCAGGGAGAAAAUAGGAUGAUCGCCUCUGGGCUAUCUACCUUGCGCAGACCAACUUAUGCAAAAAUGAUUUCUACUUUCUCAUAGGCAAAAAAAAAAUUAGAAUAAUGUCACAGGAGCAAAAUUUUAUUUUUAUGUAUGUUCCCCACUCUGAACUGUGUGCAAAAUGCAUAGCUCUACAGGGAAAUUGCUUCUACAAUUUCUCCUUUUCACUCAUGGCCUUGGGGAAGUCUUGGCCUUUCAAAAUCUGUAGAAAUAAACACAAAGAGCUGCCAAAGCUUUACUAGGUAGGUAGGUAAGUAGAUAGAUAGAUAGAUAGAUAGAUAGAUAGAUAGAUAGAUAGAUAGAUAAUAGAUAGAUAUAAACAGAUGAAUACAUACAUACAUACAUGCAUGCAUACAUACAUACAUAGACAAAUGGGAAAGAAUGAUUUUAUGAGAGAGUUCAACCGCAAGCUUAAGAAAUGCUGCUGAAGGGAAAAUGUGGUUCUGAAAAGGGGGGUAAGGAGGUGCAGCCUCUGGAAGUGAGAGUACUGACAAGAAGGCUCAGGGCCCUAAAGGUGGUGGCAAUGCAGUAAAGCUCAGACACAAUUUUGUGAAAAACAUGGCAAAAUCAUGGAAGCUAUGGAAAAGUUAAAGUCUAGAAUGAAAGUCAAUGAAGUGGCCACACAAUACAGUGAAGACAAAGCCAGGCAAGGGGGUGACCACCCAGGUUGGAUGACCAGAGGGUCCAUGGUAGGACCGUCUCAAGAAGCAGCAUUUGCCUUGCCUGUAACUGGGAUGGACAAACCUGUGUUUACAGACAAAAUUUAGGUAUCAUAUUAUGGUUGAAAAAAGAAAAUAAAAGCCCAUGAAAGACUGAAAAAAGGAUAAUUUUAUGAGAAUAAAAAUCUUUCACUCUAGGAUGGUUGUUUCUAAACCAAUGCUUAGAACCAUGGUCAAAAUUCUAAACCUAUACAGAUCCUAUUACUAUCUCAGUUAAUUUUUCCAAUAAAUCUCUAAAAAUUUUUCUUUGUGGCAGAAAUGAUGGCAAAAUUUGGCUGAAUAAUUUUUGUUUA